GAGCCUUCUCCCGCACCGUAGAUAACCCGGAUGUGCAAUCAUUGACCCCAGUGCAACCUCUCCUCACGUUUCCACAGUUUUUUGUUUAAAAACUGUCUAAUUCUGCAUGUUUUUUCAGCCUGUUGUCGGAAAGUGAGCCACAUUCGUCACAGCAAGAAGAGGUAAUCAGCCACCAUGUUCCUCACCCUCACCCUGCUGCGGAAAGGCAUCCCUGGGAAGCAGUGGAUCGGAAAGUACCGGCGUCCACGACAGAUUACCUGGCAGAUGAAGCGCAAUAUGCUCAAACGUCUGGAGCAAGAGGCGGCGAACGAAUACUGGAUCAGCCGGCCAUAUUUGACCACAGAACAGGAGUACCGCACCGCCGCAGAACGCAGAGCCCAGAACUGGCUCAAGAUCAAGGAGACCAAAUUCGCCAAUUUUCCUGAACACAAGCACAUCACAGAUCACCUGAGUCAUCUCAAAAUCACCAAGACAUGGUCGAGUUAAUGUGAGCAGUGAAAUGACACGCAUAGACUGUCUUUAUAUAUGUGACAAUGUAAAAUGUUAAUGUGUUCAAGAGAGAUUCGAGUUUUGUUAUUUUGUGAAGCGGGACUUUGUCAGCUGAGAAGUUGCCAUGAAAAGAUGUCAGAGUCCACAAUAGCCUGUUUUAACUCCAUGUCUCCAUAAAACAUAUCUAUAAACUC